CAACCAUGAAAUUUCGUCUCCACAGUAAACAAAUGGCUUCCGCAGACAGUUGUUGGAGUUUUGCAACACAUAAAAACUUAUCAUAUUACUCCUAAACAGGUAGAGAACAGUACCAACGGCAGUCACCAUCACCAUGUUCAAAAAUGAAUUUCAAGGUGGACCAUAUGUGGAUGUGUUCAGUUCACAAGGCAAAGAACCACUUGCAAAAUGGAAACUUUCUGGUGGAGCAACCUCUUUUAAAAAGGUCUAUGAUAAGGAGAUCAAAAGCUAUUGCCAUGUAGUGGAGGGGUCAACAGCCUCAACCAAGAUGCAGCUUCCUAAAGAUCCUAAGCAUGCAUUGUGUUUGAUUCAGAGGUUCUUUGUAAUUCAGCUGUUUGUAUCGCUUGGUCAGGAUUUCUCUGUUGAAUUAGGGAUUUGUGAUAUGUGUAAUAACAAGAGACGUAUUGUGCUGUCAACUUCCCAUAAAGAAGUUUCUGUCACACCCUUGCAUGCCAAGAUUCCUCUUGCAAUUUUGAGGAAAGCUGUGUGGUUAAAUCUCUGUUUGGAUAUGGUAUCGUUUGUUGGUGAGGCCUUCAAAGGGCAGACAUUCAAGUCCUUGGAUUCCAUUACCAUCAGUGCUACGUGUAAAUUACGCAAGAUCUUCACCUUAAAAGUGCAGCCAUUAGAUAACACAGAUGAUGAUGAUUUGUACAUCUGUUCUCCUCUCACUAAUGACACUGAGGUUGAUCACAUUCCAGUACAAUGUCAAUUCCACAAGGACGUUCCAUUUCAAACACAGGUUAUCAACAUGAAUAAGCUGCGUCACGCUGACUAUAAGAUGAGAGGAGAACUGGUUGGAAGCCGACCAUCAUCAUCGUCAGAGCCAGAUUUGAAUGCCAGUCGAGGCAAGGAUAAGGGACCAACACACAUUGCAUUCGGUUCUCGUGUUCGAGUGCCUUCCUCGCCCUCCACCAAAAAACCUACUUCAGCAAGCAAUCGUGAGGGAUCAAAUAGUGCUGGUCAUCGAAGCAGUAGAACUUCCAAAGGGGUUGAAGAGUCACCACGAGGGCGGUCAUCAAGAAAUCAAGUGGACACCCUUGUUGUUCACAGCAACAAACACACCCGGCAGAGGUCAGAUCCAGGGACUCCGGUAACUGAUGCAGAAACAAGUGUUGACAAAGAUUCUUUAUCGGGAAGUAAAACGUGGUCAGGUGGAGGGGACAUCCAAUCUGAAAUAAUACGCAAGCCUCACCCGCCGAGAGAAAAGUCCAGAGAAUCUGGUACAAGGCGUGUCGUUAAAGUUCGUCCUUCCAGCGGGAAUAAAAGCAGCAAUAGUUCAUCGCGUAGUGGAAGUGGAGAUGUCACUGCUCGAGGAGUUUACGAUAAAAACAAGUAUAUGGACCAUAAUGAAAGUAGUCGACGCAAUAGAAACGAAUCUGGAAGUUCAGUAGACUUGGAAGAUGAUGUUAGAAAACUGUUGAAUGGGGCUAGGGAACGGCUAACGAAACAAGAUUGGAAUGAUACAGAAAAUUUCGGAAGGGCACAAAACAAUUCUAGUUCUCCACAUAGAAGUAAACUAGCGGACAGCAUGUCUGAAUCAGAUGAUAUGCUGGCGCUAAGUGGCGAUUCCAUAAGUUUACGAAGCAGGAGUAAAAAGCCGUCAAAAAUACGAGACAGCAGGCACAGAAUGGAAAGCUUCUCAGAGAAUGAUGAGAAAACUGAAAAAAAUGCCUGUAACAGUAAUAAACAAUCUUUGAGCAAGGUAGAGAGAACUAAUGGUGGGGCAAUACAGGAGAGGAAUCUUGAUAAGAUGGCAGAGGGGGUACAGAAUGAUGAUCAUCCAGAUGAAAUGGAGAAAGAGAAUCUGAGUUUGGAUACUGUUGAUGGGAAGCUAUAUACAUUUACAUCAAAGCCAAGGCCUGUACAACCCAGAAAGGAUGUUUCUCUGAAAGAUACACGCGAGAAAAAGAAUGUAAAUGGUCACAAUUACAAUCUAAAAGUGCAAUUUACCAAGCCACAGGACGAUGAUUUUUUUGGCGACCAAAGCGGGGAAGAAGACGACAACUACCACGUGGUCAUCAAGAAAAGUUCGGCGUCAAAACGAGUGGAAGACGAAUCAAUGCUACCAAGUGAAAAGCUAGGAGAGCUUACAGUGGACAAUGUCAAUAACAGCCAGCGCUUGCCUCAAAAAAGUCAUUCCCCUAGGAUGAGUCGAGCACACAAGGGGCAUGGUCCCGGCAAAAGAAGUCGCUCCCCUAAACACAGUAAAGAUUCAAGGCACAGCACAUCACGGAUGAGCGUGAAGUGGCUUAAGGAGAUAUCAAAAGACGAUCCUCGUCUUUCAUCAGACAGUAAAAUUACAAAUUCCAGUUACUCGAGAUCGUCUGGGAAAAAAAGUACAUCUGGGUCUUCAGAGAAUAAAGUUCCAGAAGGAAAUUCUGUAGAAGGAUUAGAAAGUAGACUCUCUGAUGAUUAUGACUGGAGAAAUGACCGCCAAUCCAACAGCAGCUCCCUUGCAUCAUCUUUAGAAGCCAAUAUGCUUCGCAGCCUCCAGAGACAGCAACUGGAAGAAGCCCUAGAGGAAGAUUCCUCUGAAGAUCAUAUAGAUGCCUUCCAUGGAAUUGAUGCCGAUGUCAGCGAUUCCAGUGAUGAUUCUGCUACAACAGCCAGUACGUGGCAGCGACCGGCCCCAGCUAUACAGCCGUAUGAUUACAUGGGCGAUACUCAUCAACCAUCGAGAGACAACCCACUUAUGCAGUCAAAUCCAAGGGAUUGGUCAAAAAUGUUUAGCCCACCUAUUGUACCUGUCAGUGAGAGAAUAAGAGAAGAGCAGACAGCUGCAGUCCAACUGUCACCUGAUAAGGAUACCUCACCAGGGGAGAAAGGAUUGGAUGACAGUGAUGAAGAGCUGGAUUUACUGUAUGACCCAUGCUUAAAUUGUUAUUUUGAUCCAAAAACACACAAGUACUAUGAACUAGCUUGAAGAAACCUACCUAUUCUGUAAAUGGAACAUUCCAAAAUCAAAUUUUUACUUUUUUUGUUUCAUAUACUUGCCAAAUUGUAAAUCUAAUAUUAUCUCUAGUUAUUUUUUAUCACCUGUUGGAAUAUUUAUUAUAAGAUAAUUAUAAAUUAACAUUAUAGUACAUGUAUAAACAAAAUUGUAAAUCCUAUAUUUUACAUUUAAAAUAUAUAACUGAAGCCAUUUAUGUAAUAUCAUAUAUUUUAUCCGUUAAGGCUUGGCACUGUUUAGACAUUGGUGGAUACUAUUUGUUUAAUCAAACAGAUAAAAAUCUGAUGACUUAUGCCUGGCUUCAUUAGAGUGAAUCCUAGAGUUAAUAAAUUUUAUUAGAAGUUUAAUAAGGCAAGAUUUUUUUAAACAUUGUUUAGCGAGCUCGCUUUCCGCCAAUAAUUAUGAUUUCAAAUAAAAACAUAAUUAUAUUUUUGGACAAUUAGCAUGCCCGCCGCCACAAAAAAUCGAAAUUUCAGAAAAAAAAAAUUUUUUUACACCCACUGCUGCCUUAAAAUCUUCAAAAAUAACAUAUGUAUAUUAUCUUCCAAUAUAAAUUUAAAGCAUUCAACCAUCCCAUUACUA